GUGGUUCGCGGAAAAACUAAAUUAUGUUUUCUAAACUUUCCCCAAGCUGCUUCGCGGAAAUUACAACAAAAAAAAUAUAUAUAAUAAAGUUCGUAGCUAUGCUGCCUGCAUAUUAUUAAUUAAUUGAACAAUUUAGUUGAAAAGAAAUUGCUAUUUCGUAAUGAUUUAGGUUUAAGUGUUUGGUAAGUGGGUAAAUUGGAAAAUGGAAUCGCGUCAAUUAACUAAUUCUUUUCCUGAAAGAAAACGAUUUAAUCAAAGAAGGAUUAAAGAAGGUGAAUUUUUUUUCAAUUUUUACUUACUUUAACUUUAACUUUAAUUUUAAUCAUCAUGUCCAUGUCAUUUACUUUACACUGAACUGAUUGUAUUAGUAAUAUUUAGUAGUAAUACUUAACUUUACUACUCAAACUUUGUCAACUAUCAAUCAAUUCAAUAAUAUCUUCAAUGAAAUUGAUAUAAAUUAGGGUAUUAGUAGUAAAUUAGUAGACUAUUAUUAUUAUAUUAUUAAUUAUCAAUUAUAUUUCUAUUACUAGUACUAGUAUUGCUAUUACUAUUACUAUUACUAUUAUAUUGUAUAUUUGCUUUUGAUUUUGACAGACUGAAUUCUGAAACUGAAUGAUAGUAAUGGUAGUUAUAGUUAUACUAUACUUAAUUAUUAAUUCAUUGUGAAUUUUCAUAAAUUAAAAUCUUAACAAUUAUAAAAAUUAUGAACCCUAAAUUAAGAGUAGAAUAUAGAAUUAUAAUGAAAUGUGACAUGGAGUGAGAGAAAGUGAGGAUCACCAAUAAAAGUAAAAGAGUUUUUACUUGAACUUGAUUCCAAAUAGCAAAUGGGGAUAUGGAAUGGUACCAAAAAUCUAAAUUAAUUUGUUUUGAUUCUUCACUCUUGCCAAGUUGCUGGUAUGUAAAAUAUAUUAGUAUUAGUACUAUUAGUGCAGGAAAUAAGAGCCGUGAUGGACACAUCUAACUGAAUCUGAUCUGCUCCUGUAUUUGCCUCCAUUGAAAUGGGUUGAAACCAGGAAUGGCUUGUAUGGUUCAAUAUUUCUAAGAUGUUCUGAUUCUGAACUUAUCAGAUAGCUUUGUUCAUUUUUCACCUAUGCCUAUAUUAUAUAAGAGGAGCAGCAUCUUUGACACACAAAAACAACAACAUUUUUACUGAUACAUGUGAAGCCCUCUUUAAUCUUAAAUAUUCUUAAAGGUCCCCUUAGGCCUGAGGGAAGUUACGUUUUCAGUUUCCAGUGCACAGGGGAAAGUCCUACAAAGGCUUCUUGAACAUGGCUUAGACUUAGUCGCAACGUGAGAAGGAUCGACUGGAAGGCUACUGUGAAACAGAAGAUCACAUAGAUUUUUAUCCCGUCUGAACACAAUAAGUGGAGGGGAGGGGAAGAGAAUACCCUGUUAGUAUCAGGGUCAGCAAGGAGUAUAUAUUAUUAUGAUUUUUUAAGUAGAAGAAUAUAUUUUUGGCGAUAACAUUUUGAGGGGAGCAGGUAUGGAUGAGUCACUGAACAUUAAACGACCCUCAUUUUUGUUUAAAGGAGUUUGAAUGAUCAUUGCCAAAUCUGGUGAUAUUCAUUUGAAACUUGUGACUUAAUUAAUUAUCUGUUAGAAUAUUCACUUCAUAUAUUUCAAUUUUAUCAAUAAUUUCAGAGUUCGUUAAACCAAACACAGAUAAAAAUGAAGGUGAUUCUCACUCUAAGUCUAAGACAGAUUUAGACUUACUAAAAGCCUUUGACCUAACUUUAGAAUACGGCCCAUGCAUUGGUAAGCAUUAGUUACACAAGUUAUUCAACAUAAUAUAAGCCUACUCUUUUCAGGGUUUCCCAACCUUUUUUAUAUUUUGCAGCCAUUCAUAAGAAUUAUUUGACUGAUUCCCCCCCCCCCCCCCCCCAAAAAAAAAAAAAAAAAAAAAAAAAAAAUUAACAAUAAAUUAAAAAAUUUAUGUUGAUAAUUUUUUAAUUAUCAUUGCAGUGGCCUUCUCCUGUAAAAUGCAAUCUCGCAUCUUAGGUUAGAAAACCCCCUCUAAAGCCUUGUUUUCAUUCAUGCUAUUUUGUCACUCACUUAACUCACUGCCAACCUUCUUCUUCUUCUAUAUAUUAAGGGCCCACGAUCAAUUUAUUGAUCAUUCUGGCUCCUAUGCAUGUAGAGGGGAUUUGCAAUGUUUCUGUGCCUGGUGUUGAUGAGGAUAUGUCACUGGUUGGAAGGCCUGAAGCAAUAGACGCAAAUGUGUCAAGUUUUGUCGCCUCAACUGUUCCUUUUGGAAGCU